CUAAAAUCCAAAAUCUCCCCCCUCCUCUCUCUCUCGAUCGAUCUGGAACUCAAUGUUCCCAAAGUCCCUAGUAAUUCGAAGGAAGAUCCUUGGAUGCAUCCAUAUUUUCCCGAGAAAAUGUAUGCUUUUAAAUAGAUUGUGUUCUUCUUCAGAUACAAUCGUCGCAAGCCCUGGUUCAACAACACCCAGAGACGAUAUAGCUAUCAUCGCUGGUCUGAUAGAGAAGCAGCAAUGGUCGAAGCUCAGAUUUCAUACGAAAGACAGAAAUCCGAACGAACUCCUUCAUAGUUUACUCUGUUCUGAGAUUGACCCAAUUCUGUGUCUCAGGUAUUAUACAUGGUCGGUGAAGAGCUUUAAUUUCUCCGUUUCGUUGGAGCUCAUCGUUAGGGUCUUACAUUCUCUUGCAAAUGCAAACAAGUACCCAAAGAUUCGAUCUUUCCUUGAUGGGUUUGUCCGGAAAGGACCAGACCACUCAGUGCAUUCCAUCUUUCAUGCUACGUCAAUGUGCUGCAAUUUCGCCGUUAAUUCAGUAAUUGCUGAUAUGCUGGUGUUGGCGUAUGCAAAUAACUCGAGAUACCAGUUGGCGUUUGAAGCGUUUAAGCGGGCGGGUGAUUAUGGGUAUAAGUUAUCGGCUUUGUCUUGUAAGCCAUUGUUGAAUGCUUUGGUGAAGGAGAAUCUGAUUGAAGAUGUUGAGUAUGUGUACAAAGAGAUGAUUAGGAGAAGGAUUCAGCCAAAUCUGGUUACUUUUAAUAUUGUGAUAAAUGGUCUGUGCAAAGCCGGGAGGAUGAAUAAGGCUAGGGAUGUAAUGGAAGACAUGAAAGUAUGGGGCGUUUCUCCAAACAUAAUCAGUUACAACACUCUCCUUUGUGGGUACUGCAAGAGGGGCGGUAUUGGGAAAAUGUACAAAGCGGACGCUAUUUUGAAGGAGAUGGGAGCAAACAAGAUAGAGUCGAAUGUGACUACGUUCAAUACGUUGAUUGAUAGGUUCUGGAAAGAUGAGAGCUUUCCAGCUGCUAUGAAGCUUUUCGACGAAAUGCUGAGUCAAGAUGUGAGACCGAAUGUGAUCACUUAUAACUCAUUGAUACAUGGCUUGUGUAGCGAAGGAAAAGUAACCGAGGCUAUCAGUUGGCUCGAUAAGAUGGUGAAAGCAGGUGUGCAACCAAAUGUCAUCACUUACAGUUCUCUUAUAAAUGGGCAUUGCAAGAAUAACAUGCUAAGUGAAGCUUGUGAGAUGUUUGAGGAUGUUAAAAGCCGAGGAAUUGGUCCGUCUGUAACAAUGUAUAACACAUUGAUUGAUGCACUUUGUAAGGUUGGAAAAAUUAAUGACGGGUUUGAUCUGAAAGAAACGAUGGAACGGGAAGGGGUUUUCCCGAAUAUAUCGACGUAUAAUUGCUUGGCUGCAGGUCUAUGCAAAAAGGGAAUGAUACGUGCAGCUAGAAAACUCGCGGAUGGACUGACUACUAAAGGGCUCAAACCGGAUCUCGUUACAUAUCACAUUCUAAUGAGUGGUUUAUGCAGCAGAGGAGAAUCGAGAAAGGCGGAGAGACUCUUGGAUGAAAUAUCCAAUACGGGUUUGAAACCGAGGCAUCUAACGUAUAAUAUACUGAUGGAAGGAUACUGUAGGGAAGGAAAUCUGAAAGCAGCAUUGGAUGUGAGGAGACAGAUGGAGAAAUACGGGCGGCGGUGGAUGAAUGUUGCAUCAUAUAAUGUGUUAAUAGAGGGAUAUUCCAAGAAGGGGAAACUGGAAGAUGCAAACAGGCUUUUGAACGAGAUGUUGGAAAAGGGUCUGGUUCCGAACAGGAGGACAUAUGAAAUUGUAAGAGCAGAAAUGAUGGAUAAAGGGUUUGUUCCAGAUAUUGAUGGACAUCUGUUUAAUGCCUCUGUCAAGUUCUAACCUUCGCAAAAGCACAAGAUUCGGUGAUUUUUGACAAGCAACAUGCUCUGGUGCUGAAGAAAGCAUCAUGUAACUGGCUCUGCUGUUGCUGUUUAGAUCUCUCUUCGGCUGGCUCGUCGACUUGUUAAGAUCGGUCCUAAGUGUGGAAGUAGAGUUCUGUUUAUCAGCAUAGAUGGCUUGGAACGAGGAAGAUUUAUGCAGUGCGGUCAGUGAAGUGAAUCAAACGAAGAGAAUGAUUAGAAAAGCUGCGGUCAAGCAUGCGGAAAGCGUGGUACCAGGGAAUCUUGUUCUGUCUUGAGGCCAUGGCGGCUUGAGCCUCUGAGCUUGGUGUGUCGCUGCGUCUCGCUUUCCGUGUCUUUCCAAGCCAUCGACCCAUUGACAAGCUACCCAUUGCCAUGUUGUAACACUUUGCAACUGAAUGAUCAGCUUCGUAUUGGAAUUGGUAGGAGAAACUUUGUAACUAUAGACGCCUUGUAAAGUUACAAGACACAAUAGGUGCAGCUGAAGAUUCAUUCUUCCA